AUGGAGAUCAGAGACAAAAAAGGCGCGCCAAUCCAAGAAGGUGACUACGUGUAUACGCGCUACCGGGGGGGCAGCCAUGAAGGGGUGGUCGAGAGAGUUGUUGUGGAUAACACCACUGCCGCCGAGGAGGGAGUUGUCAAUCCACCAAAGGUGAUGUAUACCGAUCAACAUGGCCAUGGCGUGGCUCAUAACCCACGCACGUUGAAAGUUCAAGACAAAUAG